AUGUCUAAACGAAGACGCGAUGCAGAAGCAAUUGAAAAACCUGCCAAGGCUAUUGACAAAGAGACUAGUUUUGACGAGAAACGUGCAAAAGCAUCAUCUGAUGGUGAGGAAAUGAAGGUAUGAAGUAUGAAUUAUGUUUCUGGGGAUUAGUUUCAUUGUUUAGAGUACAAAUUAGAUUGUACCUAGUGUCUAGGUUCACUGUAGGCUGUAAAUUCUUAGAUGAUAAUCUUAAAAUAAAGUAUGGGUUCUGUAUUAAGGUAGUAUUCUACCAUAGUAGAUGGUUUUUUUGUGGAUGUAAAUUGCAUUCAAAAAUACCAUCUACAAAAAAAACAUCUAAAUUGUUACAUGAUCAAUAGUAUAGAUUGUAAAUGAUCAAUACCAAAAUAUGCAAGUGAUUACUUACCACAGAUGUUAAACAACCAAUAAUGCAAUUAAAGUAAUCAAUAUUAUAGAUUAUAAGUGAUCACUAGUAUGAAUUGUAAAUAAUCAUUACCACAGAUUGCAAAUAAUUGGUAAAGCAGAUUACAAUCAAUCAAUAUUAUAAUUUACAAAUAAUCAAUAUUAUGGAUUAUAAAUUAUUAUACCACAAAUUGUCAUAACAUAGAUUGUAAAUGAUCAAUAAUAUUGAUUGUAAAUAAUCAAUAAUAUUUGUUUGUAAAGAAUCAAUAAUAUUGAUUGUAAAUAAUCAAUAAUAUUGAUUGUAAAUGAUCAAUAUACUAGAUUGCAGACAGUCCAUUCUUGUGGAUGCAAAUGCUCAAUGUUAGGUUGCAAAUCAUCAUCAUAGAUGUUAUAAACAUUGAGAACAUUGCAUUGAUCCUAAAUAUAAUCAAUACCAAAGAUCAUAAAUGAUUUUAGAGUUCCAGUGAAGAGCUCUUAACAGCCAGUCCAGGUCCAGACGAAUCCCGUCCUCAGAGGAAUAAAGGACCGUCCAAAAAGAAUGAAAAUCUUUCUGAUUUGGAAGAAAGGCCUGAGUUGAGAGCUCAGAAGUCACUGGAUGGUGAAGACAGUGCAAGUGAUAAAGGAUCUGUAAUGGAGGAAACAAACAAUCAUUUAUACCAAGACUUGCUUGAUGGUGUACUCAAAAUGAAGGACAGUAAUGGCAGAAUGAUUUGUGAGUUGUUUCUCAAGUUACCUCCCAGACAAGUAAGUAUGUUGAUGUGUAAAUUAAACAUGAGUUCCAAAGCAGUUGUCACAACUUAUCAAGUGCAAUCACCUCCUAAUGGCUGUGUUUUAUUCUGACAGCAAUAUCCAGAGUAUUAUAGAGUGAUCAAAGAACCCAUUGAUCUCAAAAUGAUUUACUCUCAAGUCAAGGUACGUCAGGUAUUUUCAUUAUACUGGAAGCGAAUAAUAAUCCUUAACCAAACUAAAACUAACUUGAUUCACAGUGCAGUAGCACUACCAUAUCAGUUUCAAAGUGUGACUAACCCCAAAUAUGAUUUUUGGUAUGGGCUAUACUUGGAUCAUUUAAUAUAUCUUUAUAGUAAAAAACCUCAUCUUGAUCAACAACUUUUUCACUGUCAAAGUUUCCGGAUAUGAUGUCAUUAGGUGAAUUUUUGGUACAAAAAACAAAGGAAAACUAAUUUGCCAUUCACCUAAUGACAUCAUAUCCGGAAACUUUGACAGUGAAAAAGUUGAUCAAGAUGGGAUUUUUUAUUAUAAAGAUAUCUUACAUUUCUUCUUCGAAUGACCCAAAUAUUACACAUACAAAAAAUCAUAUUUGGGGUUAGUUGCACAUAAAUGAUUAUCUCAUCAGCUCUCUAGAAGUGCAGUAAGGAUAACCUCUUGUUGGUCUACUGUUAAACAGAUUGCCUGUAGUUUGGUCGAAUCAAACUGGAAGCAUUCUUUUCAUAUGCUGACAUACAAUAGCCUGCUCACAGCCUUUCAAAAUAUCAGGCUGCGAGCAGGCUAACAUACAACUGAGGUGAAAUUAUAAUCAGACCACUGCAUAUUGCAAGAAUCAAAUGAUAAUGGACCUUUCCCCUUAUAACUAAAAUCUCGACCUAGACAAAAAUUUCAUCACAGCUUGAAAGAGCAUCACAAAAUUAGUAAUAUUCCAAAGUUUUGUUGCAAAAUCUUGUAAAAUGCGGAUAAUAUAGCCUUGCGAAGUUUGCCGUUUUUCAGUCAUUUUGUAUUACAAACGGGAAAUUGACAUACGAUUCGGGUGUUGGGGCUGCAAUUUCCCGUUUGCAAUGCAAAAUGACUGAAAAUUGCAAACUUUGCAAGGCUCUAUUUUUCUCAUUUUACAACAUUUCGCAACAAAACUUUGGAAUAUUACUAAUUUUGUGAUGCUCUUUCAAGCUGUGAUGAAAUAUUUGUCUAGACUUGCCUAGAUCAAAAUUUUGGUUAUAAGGGGAAAGGUCUAUUGGAGAGGUGACAUGCAACGAAUGACCACUUGGCCCUCAACACUCCUUAUGCAGACCUCUGAUAUGGAUUGGUAUCAGACUCUUCUGCAUCCAAUAAAUCUUGAUUUCACAUUAUCUCAUCUGACUCCAAAGUCCCUUGGAAGUUCAUUCCUUACUGUAUUAUUUUCCAGAACAAUGGUUAUACUUCAAUGGAUGAAAUUGAAAGAGACUUGAAUCUUUUGGUUAAAAAUGCUCAUGCAUUUAAUGAGCCUGGCUCACAAGUCUAUAAGGUUUGCUAAAUUCCUUGUGAGACAUUACUAAUCAGAACUUGUUCACAUGCUAAAUAAAUAUGCGUGUUAGUCUAGGCCAAAUUCAGUAAGACAGUUUAAAUUUAAUAAAUUAUAAUUAUAAUAUUUCACCCCUCAGGAUGCAACAGCCAUCAAAAAGACAGUAGUGACAAAACGACUGGAAAUUGAACACACAUUAUCUGGUGCUAAAUCCAGCAAGAGAUUAAGGUCAGUGGAAAAGAAUAGUUUGAAGUGGAAAAGAAUAUCUAAUCACUUACUCGAACCGACCUGACCGCGUAGCUCAGUUGGCAGAGCAUUGGACUAGUAUUCCAAAGGUUCUAGGUUCCGUCUGGUUCGAUUCCCACCGUGGCCAGGCAUAUUUAUCAAGCUCGCCCGGUGUGGAUAUACACUCAGAGUAACAUCACAAACAUCAUAUUCACCUGAGUACACAACACCAACACAGAAAAAAAAUCAUAUUAUUGGAAAAGAAUAGUUUGAAAAACUUGUGUUUCUCUCCUGAAUUCAAGUAUCUCUGCUUCCCUAUUAACCCAUUAAGUUGCAUUGCAGCCUACUUUAUCAUUUUACUCUGUCUAAUGCCAGAUGAUUUUACUCGUCGAGGAGAAAGUGCGAGCGCUCAAUGGAUUAAUGAGAAGGUGUCUACAGUGGAUAGUUUCUCAAACAAUGCUGUCCAUUUCUCAUUCAGAUCAAAACGUUCGACAUCCAAGAUGAGUUUUGCAAUCAAUGCUCUUCUUUCUGAGUCAGAUGACGAAGACGAAGAUCUUUUGAAUGACGCAACACAGCUGCUGGAAGAAGAUGAAGUCAACAGAAAUACUGGUAUGGAUUUGCAACACCAUCCGCUGCACAAGACAAAUAAUUUCUAGACUCGCAACGAGAUUUUGAAUGUCAGGCAUGCAAUUUAGUGCCAAGUGUGAAAGUUAUACAAAUCUGUUUGCUUACUACUCCAGUCGGUCAUAAGAGGGUUGUUUUAUUUAGAUGGCGACAGUGAAGAUCCAUUCUUGACUCUGUAUAACUCUGUUCGAAUGUAUGCUGACUACAGUGGACGGAUACUGAGUGAGGCAUUUAUGAGACUGCCUUCGAAGAGGUAUAUACAGUUUAAUCUCAAACGUUAUGGUCUAAUGUAGGUAAUAUUCUACAAUAAGCUGCCGUGGUUUGUGUCUGAACUACCUGAAAAAGAUAUCUCAAACGUGGUGGUCCAGUGUAGGUAGUAUUCUAUACAAUAAGCUGCCUUGGUUUGUGUCUGAACUACCUGAAAAAGAUAUCUCAAAUGUGAUGGUUCAGUCUAGGUAGUAUUCUACAAUAAGCUGCCGUGGUUUGUGUCUGAACUACCUGAAAAAGAUAUCUCAAAUGUGAUGGUUCAGUGUAGGUAGUAUUCUACAAUAAGCUGCCGUGGUUUGUGUCUCAACUACCUGAAAAAGAUAUCUCAAAUGUGGUGGUCCAGUGUAGGUAGUAUUCUACAAUAAACUGUCGUGGUUUGUGUCUGAACUACCUGAAAAAGAUAUCUCAAACGUGGUGCUCCAGUGUAGGUAGUAUUCUACAAUAAGCUGUCGUGGUUUGUGUCUGAACUACCUGAAAAAGAUAUCUUAAAUGUGGUGGUUCAGUGUAGGUAGUAUUCUACAAUAAACUGCCGUGGUUUGUGUCUGAACUACCUGAAAAAGAUAUCUCAAACGUGGCGGUCCAGUGUAGGUAGUAUUCUUCAAUAAGCUGUCGUGGUUUGUGUCUGAACUACCUGAAAAAGAUAUCUCAAACGCGAGGUCCUAAUGUAGGUAGUAUUCUACAAUAAGCUGUCGUGGUUUGUGUCUGAACUACCUGAAAAAGAUAUCUCAAACGCGUGGGCCUAAUGUAGGUAGUAUUCUACAAUAGUCAAUAAGCUGUCGUGGUUUGUGUCUGAACAACCUGAAAAAGAUAUCUCAAACGUGGUGGUCUGGUGUAGGUAUUGUAGUAUUCUACAAUAAUAUACGUUUGUUUUGAUUCGAACUACAAUACCUGCAAUUACAAAUUCUUACUAAUCAUUUUUCAGAGCAUACCCAGAUUAUUACGAAGUGAUUAAAAACCCAAUUGGAUUGUUAAAAAUUGGCUCAAAUAUAAAGGUACCUGGAAUUUUUCUUUUCAAAAAAUUUUAAGACUUGUUAGAAAGUACUUGUACAUAAUCUUUAUUACCUAUACUGUACAGCCUCACUUCUCUAAAUAUUCUCUAAAUUUUCAGAAUAAUUACUUCGAAAGUCUUGAUGAACUUGUUGCCGAGAUGAACCAAUGUUUUCAAAAUGCGAAAAUUUACAACGAAACUGAAUCAAUGCUGUAUCAGGUAUAUGGCUGCUUACACCAUCGACGUUUCUGCGAUAUUGAACUUGACAAGUUAUUCUCGUUGGCUAUUUCAGGAUGCUAUAACGUUGCAAGACAUUUUGAAAUCAAAGAAGGCUGAAAUUGAGAAGAUGUGUCUUGACAAGGGAAUUCCUUUAACAAGACCUGUUAAUAAGGUAUUACUGUAAGGCCAAAAAACAAUAUUUGGGUUUCCGGUUUCUUCUUUAUAUAUAAAAACGUAGGUAGGGUAGGUCGGUUAUAACUUUUUUUUAAACUUUUUUUUUAAUUUUCCUAACAACCGGACGCCAUUUUGUUUAGUCAGUACUUCCACAUUCAAAGAUAAAUUUCCCUAAUAUUGCCUCAAAUUUCCAUUUUUUGCAAACGUUUUCCUCUAAGUGGAAACACAAGCAUGAUCCAAUAAAAAAGUUUAGGGUCGGGAUUUCGGGGUCCAAAAGCUAGGUAGGGUCGGGAAACCGGAAACCCACAUAUUUUUUGGCCUAAGCGUCAAAUACUGGUAUUAAGUUAAUGCUAGUAUUAGUAAUAUAUGCCUUUUUCAAUGCUGCUGUAAACUACACUAAAAAAGUAACUUCAUAGAUCUAUCAGUUCUAAACUGUUCUCCCUAGAGGUCCAGUAACUGACUAAGGGUCAUCCCCUCAUUGAUCCAUUGUUACUUCAUUGCGGUGCUUUGUGUUAAUCGAACAAGAUGCCCAAAAUAUUGAGUGUUUGGUAGAUUCAAACUGGAAGAACGCUUCUAACAUGUGACUGAGGUGAAAUUAUAAUGAGACAACUGCAUAUUGCAGCAACCAGACCUCAGUCACAGAGGCGAAAGGUACAUGCAUUAACUACUGAACUGUGCCUAUGCUUUCACAAUAUUGAUAUGAACAAUACACCCUUUCGAUAAUUACGUCACACAUACUUUUUGGUCUUGGAGCCUCGCUCUCAUUAGUAAAUUACGCAAGGUGAUUGGCUCACAAUUCAUGAGAGCGAGGCUCCCAGGACAAAUGACGUAAUUAUUGAAAGCGUGUAUUGAUAUUUCAAGCAGAAAAUUCAAAAGACAAGCGAAAGUCCCAGUGAGGAAGGCGACACCGACGGCAAAGACACACCAAUGUCCGCGGGUAGAAUUCAAAGUAAGAAAUCUGGCAAGAAACAGAGUGAGAGUGAAGCUUUUAAGAAACGCAUGAGAGAAAUGUAUGAUGCUGUUAAAAAAUACCAGGUAAGAGCUAUAUAGUCGUAGGCUUCGUCUCGUCUACUGUAAACACAUACAGUCUCGAAAUAAGGUUCACACUAACCGUGUUCUAAGCUGAGCUAGGCGUCUUUGCACUUGAAGUGACUAGCCAGGGUUAGUUUUCGUAACCUUAAGUAGGAAAUAAUUUUUUCCGUUUAAGGACGACAAUGGAAGAUUUUUAUCGGAACUUUUUUUGGAGUUACCCUCAGCUGCCGUAAGUAAUAUUAGAAAAAAGUAGUUUUACAAACUUAUAUUCUAGUCCGUUGAAUAACAAAAUAUCCAGUAUUUCUACUGUGCUCUACAACCCAGUAGAUGAAUAGAACCAAUCUCCACUUGUUUAUGAUCUAAUAGUUAGUUUCCAUUCUAGUUAUAUCCAGAUUAUUAUGAAAUUAUCACAGAACCAACAUGCUUACACAUGAUUGAUAAGAACAUUCAAGAAGGCAAGGUCAGUAGAGGAAGAGUGUUCACACACUUUCCAUUGUGCUAAACUCCGUUAAAGACACAGCUCAGCCUUUUGAAUGAUGGUUUUUAAGGCGCAUUUCUAACUAGGAAAAUCAAUUAUGCAUAAUUCAAGAUCAGCAAACUCGAUGUUUUUAACAAUAAAAAUGUUUUAAAAUGUUAAAAACAUUAAGUUUACUGAUCUUGAAUUAUGCUUAAUUGAUUUUCCUAGUUAGUUUUUUCAAUAAAAAGGGCUGAAAUGUGCCUUAAAACCUUAAAAAACCAUCAUUCAAAAGGUUGAACUGUGCCUUUAUAGACUGCAUUUAGCUUGCAUUGUUACGACUUAGAAUAUAUUACCGUAACACUGGAUAACAUUGAGUAACAUUGAAAACCAUUAUUUGUUUAAUUUCAGUACCAAACAGAACAACAGUUUCUUCUGGAUUUUGAAAUUAUGUUUGAAAAUGCGAAACAUUACAAUGAAAUUGGUUCUCAAGUACACCAGGUGGGUAGCACGGAGGGAAAUUACUUUUACUUUAUUCACACUGAACUGUACUUGUAUAAUAUCUGUGUAAUGAUUUAAUCUUAGGAUGCCCUGACUUUGGACAAAGUUCUUAAAAAGAAACGAAAAUCUCUCGGUCGAUCAUCAUUUGGUAUGUUCUUUCUAUUUUAGCCAUCACGUCAGAGUGAUACCUUACCCUCGACCUACACAGGAAAAAAAGGCCCAGCCUGUAACAAUGUUGUUGAAAACGGCCCGAACAAUAUUCUGCUGAACAAUAAUGCUGAACAAUAUUGUUAAUAACCAGGAACAAUAUGGGCAGCAAAAUAUUGUUCAAGCUUGUUUUCAUCGGCAUUGUUAUACAGGCUGGGCGUUUUUUGUUGUGUAGCAGGCUUAACUCGGCGGCAAUGCACUAACCGUGUGUCUUUUUGUUGAAUUGUUUUGCAAUAUUUUAGGUCAGAUCGAGAGUGGUGCUUCACCAGGUCCUGCAGCUAAACAGCCCAGUACGGGCAGCAAACAGACAACACCAACUAAAUCUCGUUUUGGCAGAACGUCUCAAGCUGGGGCUACUUCCGAUGUUAAAGAACUUUGUAAAGAGUUGUAUAAUUCUGUUAAAGAUUAUACGGUCAGUUACUUUUCAUAAACUAACUAACUAUAAUUAUACUGGAUAGCUCUAUCAGUUUUAAACUGUUCUCCCCCAGAGUUCUAGAAAUGGCCAUACUUAUCCAGUGGUGUAACUUUACUUUUUUGACCACUUGCCCUCAGGGCAAGUUGGACGUAAAAAUUAGUUGCCCUGAAUAAAAUUCACUUGCCAUCAGACAAUGACCACUGGGGUACCUAAAUAGGGGGUAUAAAUUAAGGGAACAACAUGUUGACCCAUUAUCCCAUUGCUCUAUACAGCUAUGUUAUACUGCCUCACAUCUAGCUUUGGCCCACAAAAAAACAAUGCACUAUAAAAAAUUUAUCCGACAAUGAAAACAUAAACUUAAGGUAACAGAACACCUUUGAGUGUUAAUUUUGCCUAAAAAUUUUUUAUUGGUCUCCAUGAAAGCAUUAGACUAGUUCUACUACCUGACCAAGUUUGAACGAAAAAUGUUGAAAACUCGCAGAGUUAUUUAAUAAAAUACAUUUCGCUGCAAUAAGAAAAACAUUGAAAAUGUAAUAUUCAAAUUCAAUUUUCUACCGAAGAAUUUUACGGCAAUUACUGAUUUUCAAACGAGUUGUGCUCCUGCGGGUUUUAACGAAUUUCUCUCAAAUUUUCACAGGGCAUAGCUAAAGACGUCAGUUUCAAAAUUGUGUUCGGCUUUGUUCUAAUUUUGGAUAUUUUAAUAAUAAAGAGCAAUUCACUCAAACAAUUCAGAAAUAUAUUGCAGUCGUCAAAGAAAUCGCCAUAUCAGCGGAAUGACGAAAUAAACAAAAAUUUCCGAACACAAUUUUUUAGAACAACUAUUUUACUGUUUAAAAAUGAUAUUUUCAUAAAUACAACUUAAAACCAGCAAGAGCACAACUCAAAAGCGUAACGGUACCGCGAUUUACGAUUGUCCUGAAUAAUUCUUACAUUAUUUUAUUGUUUGUUAAUUUUAUGACUUUACCAUAUUUUGCACGCACUGGCGAACAUUUGGUGAAAAUUUGAUGAAAAUCGGACUGAUUUUGAGCGCGCAGUAGCGAUUUUCCGCAAAACGCAAAAAAGGGUGUCCUCAAGGCAACUUGCACAAUCGGGCAAUCAAGAUAAAACGUUUACUAGCUUGCCCGUCAUGAUAUUAACUUGCCCCGGGCAAGUGUGAGGUCUCUGUUAUCCCCCCAUUUACAGAAAUGAAAGGCACAUUUUUUAUUCUUUGUCACAGGACAAUACUGGUCGUUAUCUUUGUGGGAUUUUUCAAAAGCUUCCUGCGAAAGCUGUGAGUCGAUUAUGUAUUGUAUAUUUAUGGUUAGAAGUACCUUGCUCGAAUGAAUGCGUUCACACACGGUUCACGUUUUUUACUUUAAUGUUGACGAUUAUAAUGACGUAAUGUAUGUAAUGUUGACGUAAUGUAUUUAAACUAGAAGUGACGUAUUUUGCCAGGAUUAUCCCGAUUAUUACGCGUUGAUCAAGAGACCCAUUGACAUGACGAAAAUCGCGGGGAAACUUCAUGCUGAGCAGUACAGUUCACUCGAAGAAUGUUUCCAAGACUUUGUUCUCAUGUUUGAUAAUGCUUGCAAAUAUAACGACCCUGACUCGCAAGUAUACAAGGUAUGCUGUGUUUGGUUUAACCAAGUUUGGAAAGUAUGUAGUGGCAAGCCCGCCGAGAUGUUGCACGGGGCCUGGGGGCGAAAUUUUCACAUGGAUCCCUAUGACGUCAUAGUUGUAAAACAGGAGAAGCGGUGUGUCAAGAAAAUUGAAAGACCUUCGUUGUUUUAGGGCCCCCUUUCCAGCUGGUGGGGGGGGGGGGGGGGGGCGACGUUCUCCCCUGCCCCCUCCCCCCCUCCGUGUAGUAGAGGUCAUUUGACAAUCCAGAGAUUAGCCCGACAGAUUGCUUGACUCUAACUUUUUAUAUGUGUGCACUACAUUGUAGGACUCGUUAGUUUUAUUGCGAGAGUUGCUGGCGACAAAACUUGAACUUCUUGGUAAGAAUCUCGUUUUAUCUCUUAUUGGGGCCAUCUAUUAUUUAUCCAAUGUUACUACGAGAGAAGAAACUUGGAAUACCAGGAGAAAACCUAGUAUCGUGAUUGUUGUUUAGUAGAGUCGAACUGGAAGCACUCUUCUGACUAUUCUUGUUCAUGUUUUCUGCCCCAGGUGAUUGUGAACUUCACGUUCCUGAUGUGCCAGAUCUCGUUCAGAAAAUGUUGGAAGAUCUUUACAAUGCUGUCAUUCAUCACCAGGUACAAGAUUGGGCAAAUAUCACAUUAUAGUUCUAGUUACAAUAAACAAAAUAUGUGAGUGGUUCAGCUUUUUUAACAUGUGUAUUAGUUGACAUUAUGUUGGUUAUACAGUAAAAAAUCAUUUUCCGUAUGCUGUGUAUAACGUUUCAUUCUUCACUUGAACCACCCACAUAUAUUCAUUGAGGUCAUGCAGUUUUGCUAAGAGCUAGACGCCCUGCUAAGAGGGAAAAUGUUUUUAAUUAGGACGAUGAAGGUCGCUGUUACAGUGACUCGUUAUUGAAGUUAACAACUGCGCAGGAAGUGAACGAAAGUGGCCAAAAACGGUAAGAUAUCUACCCCAGUAAACGAUUUAAGUUUCUUAAGAAACGUAACAUGAAAUGUCAUCAAAGAAUUACGUACUAUGUAUACCAUUCAUAUUUAUAUAUCAUUUUGUGCUUCCAGGCAUAUUUUGUCAUUGAGUACCAUUGGCAAGCUUAUUCAGAAGGUAGGAACCUAAUGCGUCUUUAAAUUAUAAAAUUUUCCGUCACCUAGAAAUUUAUUAAUAUUAAAAAUAUUUUUAGCGAUACCACAAGAGAAACCUAAUGGGUGUCUUUAAAUUAUAAAAUUUUCCGUCAUUUAGAUAUUUAUUUAUUAAUACUAAAAAUAUUUUCAGCGAUAUUACAAGAGGUUAGAUAAACUACAAGAAGAUCUGUACGCAUUUUUUGAGAAAGCUCGAACACAUCGUUCUGACUCAGAGGUAUGAGUUUUUGUUCAAAUAAAAUUUUGCUGAACUAACUAUCAGUUCUAAACUUGUUGCUCCAAUUAAUGACGAAAUUCGUUGUUAGGUUUACGAUGAUGCGGUUGAAUUGCAACAGUUUUAUGUGCAACAACGAGAUCGCGUUUGCAAAGACGGUGAACGUUUCGUGUCGCCCGCAAUAUCGCAAACGAAACGGCAUUUACAACACGAACUUGAUGAAGAACGAAAACGGAAAACGAAAGAAGAGGCCUCGGAUGCGAUGGACGUUGAUGUCGCAAAGCAUGCGGUGAGGAACAAUUUUUGAUGCGAACUGUUUCUCUUCGGAGCAUUUAGCAUGAGCUCACCCUAAACAUGGAGCGAGACGUAGAUUUGUCAGAGGAUGCGGGAGGGGGGGAGGGUGCUCCUAGCACUGGUCAGGGGGUGGUGCUAUUUUUCAUGAUAAAGCAAAAAGAAUAUUAGAGACAAAAUGAGAUACAGUAAUUUUACUAAUUUGAGUAAUCAAGCGUGACAUUGUUUUCCUCAAUUCAUAGGAUGGUGUAACUGAGCUUUCUGAAGCGAAACUUGAUGAUCUAGAAAUUGCAAUUGGUGAUUUCGUUUAUGUCGAUGCAGAAGGGUGAGUAUCAAGAACAUAUCACAUGUGUGUGGAAUAAGAUGUCUUGUGGCUUAACUCUUGUUGUUUCUUUCUACCAGAGAUCGGUUUAUAAUCGGUGUUGAGAAGAUUUGGUCUGAUAAGGAUGAAGUUAAGGUAUAAGGCCUUGAAAAUUUAUAUACAAAAGAAAUAGCAUAGUUUUUUUUCUCCAAAAGGUUGCCACAACUGCCUGUUUCAUCCAAAAGGAAUUAUCAGGUGGCUCCUGAUGAUUCCACGUGCCUUUCAGUUGAAAUAGGCUGCAUGUAGUGGAAUCUUUUGAAGUAAAAAACUAUGCUAUUUGCUCUAUCUAUAUGAUAUUGACCACUCUUUAGCAUGUCGUAAACCAAAACACACUCGUGCAUGAUAAUUUAUAAUCCUUUGUUGUUUCUCUCUCAGUGGAUAAAUGGGUCAUGGUUCUAUCGUCCUGAACAAACUGUCUGUGAUGGAGACCGGAAAUUUAUUGAAAAGGUACAGCUUAAGAAUUGCAUACUGUACAUUUUUUAUUAAUAGCGAUUAAACCACUGUUGGUGAAUUAUUACUGAGCUUUUUAAUAUUCCACAGGAAGUGGUCCGAAGUGACAAAAAAUCUGCCGUAAAAGUGAACCAAUUAAAAGGAUUGUGUUACGUGAUGCACGUCAAGAAUUAUGCAAGAAGUAAACCACACGUAAGGCAACACUGUCCAGUAUAAAUAAAGUUAGAUUAGUUUAGGUUUCAUCUAGGGAUGACCCUUACUGGACCUCCAGGGAGAACAGUUUAUAGAGCUAUCCAGUAUAAAUAAAGUUAGAUUAGUUUGGGUUUCGUCUUGGAAUGAUCCUUACUGGACCUCCAGGGAGAACAGUUUUUUAGAGCUAUCCAGUGUAAAUAAAGUUAGUUUAGUUUAGGUUUCGUGCUGUAGUAACACUGAAUCAAUUAGAAAUUACCCUUACUGGACCUCUAGGAAGAACAGUUUAUAGGGCUAUCCAGUAUAAAUAAAGUUAGUUUAGGUGUCCUCCUGUAGUAACACUGAAUCCGGCAAUAAGAGAUGAUCCUUACUGGACCUCUAGAGAGAACAGUUUAUAGAGCUAUCCAGUAUAAAUAGGGUAGUUUAGGUUUCCUCCUGUAGUAACACUGGAUCGAUAGGAAGAACAGUUUAGAAAUGAUAAUGCUGUCCGGUAUAAAUAAAGUUAAUUUAGAUUUAAAUUCCACAGGAUUUCGAGGACAAAGAUAUAUUUGUGUGUGAAUGUGCGUACAAUGUCAGUCGACAGUUAUUCAAGAAAAUCAAGUCUUGGCCAGGAGGACAUGGACAUACAAUGCGAUAUGUACCUCGUGAUCAACCACUGCACCUCAAACGUACUCUGUUAGAUCCAAGCAAGACUGGAGAGACUGGGGAGAAGGAUGAUGAAGAUUUGAUGACGUCAUUGUUUCAAGCGACUGAGGAGAGGAAGGUAAUUCGGGUAUUUUUAGGAUAGGAAGGGAGUUGUAGUGUUUUCAAUGUACAUUUUCACUUGUUUUGGUGAAGCUGUGGAUUUCCCGAAAAUUGAUCAGAAAAUUUUCUUGGUUUUUCUGCUUUUUUUUUUUUGGGGACAAACAUUAGAGCUCGAGAGCGAGAGAGAGCAGUUUAAACUGAUAGAGUUAUCCAGUAUUAAUAAAGUUAGUGUAGUCUAAGUUUCCUCCUGUAGUAACACUGGAUCAUCAAAAGAUGUCUAUAUGGAAAUUAUCUCUAUGGUAAACAGUUUAGAGCUAUCCAGCAUCAGUAUAUUCAGUGAAGAUGUAAUGUUGGCUUUGUGUUAAAACUAUUUUCUUUCUGAAGAAUUUACAGAUCGAACUCCCAAAUCCAGAAGGUUUUCUCAACUACGAACAAUUCUGUACCGACACAGGCUGCUACAAACUAGGUAAACUGCGCAGACAAGAUUCGAAAUUCUGUGAAUGCGCCAGGACUAAUUUUGUUUUUUCUACCUUGAUAGGCGAUACAGUAUUGUGUCAAACAGAUGAAGGUUACUCCACAAUCGCAAGAAUUGAUAAAAUUUGGACAGACAGAACGUAAGUUCUCAACUGUAUAUUCUUUGGUUUAAAUUCUAGUUUGUUUGAAUACAAGUUCACAGAAUUUCGUACGUGAAAACGGAAAUCUUGUCUGUUUUAAGGGGCAUGACAUAUUUUUGUGGCACGACAUUUAUCACGCCAGAUGACACGCAACAUCUUCCAACGCACAUGUUUUAUGAUAAAGAAGUAUUUCACGUGCCUGUCGAUGAUAUACAUCGUAUGUGUGACAUAGAGAGGAAAUAUUUUGUCUUGCCAAUCAGAGAGUAUAUGAG